CGGGGCGCCCUCACUUCUUAAGACCAACCAACAAACGCCCCCCCCAAAGAAAGGACUCCGAGCCCCCAAAGCUGGAGCUGUCCACCGUCCCCCCCGGCCGAGCGGCGUCCCCCUCCAAGCCGAUGGAAAAAUCCAAAAAUUUCCGGAUCGACGCGCUGCUGGCCGUCGACCCGCCGAAAGCGGCGUCGGCGCAGAGUUCGCCGCUGGCGCUGGUCACCUCGCUGUCGGCCGCCGGCGCGUCGGGCGGCAGCGGCGGCAGCAGCAGCAGCAGCUGCAGCCCGCAGUCCUCGGAGCGGCUCCCGGGCGGCCAGGACUGCCUGCGCACCGACAGCCCGUCCCCGCCGCGGAUCCUCGCCGCCCACUGCGGGCUGGUGGCCAAGCCGGGCUUCCCGCCGCCGCCGCCGCCGCCGCCGCCGCCGCCGCAUCCCCCGCACCACCACCCGAGCGCUGCCGCCGCCGCCGCCGCCGCCGCCGCCGCCGCCGCCGCCGCAGCCGGAGGCAUGAUCCUGGGGCUGCACCCCGCUCAGGGCGCCGCCGGCCUCCCCACCCAGCCGGCCCUCUACGGGCCCCCCAUGUACGGCUACUCGGCGGCGGCCCUGGCCGGCCAGCACCCGGCCCUGUCCUACUCCUACUCCCAAGUCCAGGGGGCCCAUCCCGCGCACCCCGCCGACCCCAUCAAACUCGGCGCCGGGACCUUCCAGCUGGACCAGUGGCUGAGGGCGUCCACCGCGGGCAUGAUCCUCCCCAAAAUGCCCGACUUCAACUCCCAGGCGCAGUCCAACCUGCUGGGGAAAUGCCGGCGGCCCCGCACCGCCUUCACCAGCCAGCAGCUGCUGGAGCUCGAACACCAGUUCAAACUCAACAAAUACCUGUCCCGGCCCAAGCGCUUCGAAGUAGCGACUUCGCUCAUGCUCACCGAGACCCAGGUGAAAAUCUGGUUUCAGAAUCGGCGGAUGAAAUGGAAACGGAGCAAAAAGGCCAAGGAGCAGGCGGCGCAGGAAGCUGAGAAGCAGAAGGGCGGCGGGGGGAAAGGAGGCAGCGGCACGGGAGAGGAGAAGGAGGAGGAGCAGGAGGAGGAAGAGGAGGAGGAGGAGGAGGAAAUGCUUCUGCCUCCUGAGAAGAGCAGCAGCCGACGCUUGCGGGACUUGAGGGACAGUGACAGGGAAGAAGAGGACGACGAGGAAGACGAGGAAGGGCCUUUCCCCUACAACAGCAACAGCAAUGCCCAUUCGUCUGACUGCUCCUCGGAGGAAGAGUCGCCCCACAUGAGAGCGGGAGGCCCUGGGGGUCCUGGGCACCAGCCCCCUCCUCAGUGAGCGCCCCUCUUAGCCUGCUGGGGUGGGCUUGGGGCUGGGGGCAUCCUCCACACUCCGCCCUGACCACCUGCCCAGCCCUGGACCGCAUCUUGCCCUUGUCAGGUCCUGAGCACAGUAGGCGGUAGAAGCCCCUCUUAGACUGCCCCCUUCCCUGCUCCCCCAUGCCACUAAGGGUUUUACAUCAGGGGAGUCUCAUCGAGGCCCCAAAAAGAGGGUCUCCCCGGCACAGGGUCUGCAGCCUUUGACUGACCGACUGACCAUCUGCUGGGUUCCGGCCACCCAAAACCCUGGCCGCUUUGCCUCUGUGGAUUUCUCAGCAUCCUAACCAGCUGUGGAAAGGAAAGAUGGGAGGAAAGAAGCCUGUUUAAACCUGAGCCUGUUUUCUUUUUGUUUUGUUUAAAAUUUUAAUUUAAUUUUCUUGGUGGGGAGGGGAGGAUGUUGGGAUUCCGGAAACAAUGGGAAAUCCCUCCCUCCUUUCCUCCACACCCCCCUCCUGCCCCUUUGAUGAAGAUUUACCAUAAACAGUGUUAAGUGACAUUUUAAACUUGAAACCUCCUCUGGAAACACUGUUCUUUUGCUGAGUAUGGGGGAAAAAAUGUUUUGUGCUUCUUAUAUAUCUCAAAAAACUGUUUAUGUCAUGAACGUUCGAACUGCUGGAAAUUUCAAGACUGUACUGUCUUUAUUUUUGUAUAUUGUAUUUAUAAAAAAGAUACCUCUACUUAUGCAUGCUAAAUUAUUAUUUAGCUUCUCC